AUGGCAGAAAGGUUUCAAGUAGGCUGGUACCGAUGGGUGCCAUUCCUAGGAUAUCAUCAUGUGUUGAUGAUUCUGAUAGCAGUCUCUAUCAUCUUACUAUCACUUCUACUUGCAGGAUGCUCGUCUUCCUCACCGCUGAUGCCUGAUAUCUUUUUGCUGUCACUCUACUACUCGCAUUACACACCAGCUCCCGACACAGCCCAGGUUGACUACAACGGCUACCAAGCAAUCAGCAAUAUUGUCGGAUCAGCACACUUGCAAGCACGAGUCGGUUACUUUGGCAUCUGCGUCAACCCCGACGGUGGAUCAUGGCUUUGCUCCAACAACGCGACUGCCCUCGCCAAUGAAGUCUCAGUAGACCAAGAUCCCCUGAACCUUAUUUGGUUGGCCUCGCAGUUCAAGGACAUGAUUGUCUUCCCGUAUCUGAUCAUCAUUGCCAUCAUUUUCGCCUUCAUCUGUUUCCUACUGCUUGCCACAUUCCCUGGAUGGCAUGAGGAGGAGGACUCCGAAGGUAGCGAGCGUGAGAUCAAGCCCUUCCCCAGCAGACCCGUUUCCCAGAUUGCGCUUGCCAUCAUUUUCAUCGCCAGUAUUUUCGUCUUGGUAUCGGUGCUGUGGCAACAUACAGCCUCUGUCGCCGCGAGCAUCAUAGCGCAAGACUUUGGAAACGGCAGUGUUCUGGCGGGGGUGGGAACAAGUGCCAUGGUGAUGGGUUGGUUCAGUUUCACAUUGCUCAUCAUCGUAACGAUUGGUCUAUUGGUCAUGAUAUUGAGUAUAAGAGUCCUAUCGCAGCUGGCUGAUUAA